ACACCGUAUUUCACAGAAAUAAAGCCAUGCGUUAUAUUCAGAUUUUUUUUUGUUGUUAGUUUUGAUAGUGUUGCAGAGAUCAGGUUUGUAUAGAGGAGACGGUGUGAAACUGCAUGUAAUAUAUAGAAAAGGUCGAGCCAUGUGAUUAUUAUAAUGGAGAACUUGCUCUUUUAAUUAAUCCUGACCUAAAAUUAAUCCCAACCUUUGUUAAUAUGUAAAAACAAACAAGAUAAUUAGAUUGAAUCCUCACAAAUUAAUUAGUGUGAUUAUUGCAUUCAUUAUGACAGCCCUAAUAUAUGUAUUGUGUGCAUUAGGGCUGUCAAAAUGUAAUGCAUAAAUCAGCACCGACCGGUGUGGCUUUAUUUCCAUGAAAUACUAUUUUCUUACACCAAGGUUUAGGAGAUAUUUCAAGUUUUGUUUAAGUUGUAGUUUUAUGAAGAAACUUUUAUGUAACCUGAAAUAAUCCUGGCACAGAAAUGCUUAACUGUCACCAAAACAUGGCUGCCAGCAAGGAGACAAGGUAAAAGAGAUUUAAACUAACAAAAAAAAAUCAUUAAAAAAAAACAAUCUGUAUAUUCAAACCUGAAUGACGUUGUAUUUGUUUUUCCAGGCAAACCAAAGUUGACGUGUCUCUGUACCGCUCAGGUCGUGACAACAGCCGGUCUAUAGGUAGACUCACUGAUUGUACCUCAUGACGCACACGAUUGCCGCUCCCAUUAAAACGGGGAUUGACAGCUGAGAUGCCUUCCAUCCUGCAAAUCAGAACUUAGUAUUCAGGUGUGUGUGUGUGUGUCCCAACAAGUUUGACUCGCUCGUCCUGUUUGCUGUCAGGAAAUAAGGUUGUGUCAGAGUUAUCAGUUCAGAGUUAAGGACAUCAACCAGGAGUGAACUCCCAUUGCUGCUGCUGCUCCUGCUGCUCUCUGGAUGGCUGACGAGUACAUGAAGAGAGACGGCUGGAAACACUACAACAGUUCACUUCAGAAACACAAGACUCGCAUCGAAAGGGAAUACAGUCCAGCACAGGCCGGCAUCCAGAACCUGUGGCCGAGACAACUGGCACAAAGAUGGACCCUAGUACUGUUUGUUGGCACCUGCCUGCUCUACUGCGCCCGGAUGGCCAUGCCCAUCUCCGCCGUCACCAUGGCAGCCACCUUUCAGUGGAGCAAGAUCGACUCCGGCCUGGUCCUGGGUGGAUUCUUCUGGGGUUACUGCUUCACCCAGAUCCUGGGUGGACACGUCAGCGACAAAGUUGGAGGUGAGCGAGUCCUGGUUGUCUCUACAGCUCUGUGGGCGAUGAUCACCAUCGCAACGCCGCUCCUCGCCCACUUCGGUUCUCACGCUCUCUUCUUAAUGGCUCUGUCCAGAUUUCUGAUGGGAGUACUGCAGGGUGUGUUCUUUCCAUCUUUGGCCAGUAUUUGCUCACAACGAGUAUUGGAAGGAGAGCGAGGAUUUUUAAUGAGCACCAUGCACAGUGGCUGUUACAUGGGAACCCUGGUGGCCGGAGGGAUGGGAUCCGUCAUACUGGACCUGUACGGCUGGCAGAGCCUGUUCUACUCAUUCGGUGUCCUGUCCGUCCUGUGGGCCCUUUUUGUGUGGAUGUUCUUUCUGAAAGGUGAGGUCACUCCCAAACAGGUGAAAACAAAUAAUUCCUCACAGUGGACCUGGUUACGUUUGUUGGCUCUGCUCAAGAAUCCGCCCGUCUGGGCCAUGGUCUUCACUCACAUGUGCAUUUCCUGCACGUCCAACACGUUAUUAUCGUGGCUGCCAACGUACUUCAAAGAGUCGUUCCCUCACGCCACGAGCUGGGUGUACAACGUGGUUCCGUGGUUCUCGGCGAUCGUCUCCGCCAUCACGGGGGGAUACGUGUCGGACUUUCUCAUCAGUCGAGGAUAUGGAAUAUCAAGUGUGAGGAAGUUAAUGCAGUUCCUCUCCAUGGGUGUGUCCAGUAUGUUCCUGAUGCUCGUCUGUGAGAAGACGUUCACCUCCUUCACCUCGGCCCUGUUCUUCAUUUCUGUCGCCGUGGGUUUGACCACCUUCACCAGUUGUGGUGUGUCUGUCAACGUGCAGGACCUCACUCCAUCAUGUGCUGGCGCCCUCUAUGGUUUUAUGAAUAUGAUGGGCGCUUUCAUGGGCCUGCUGAUGGUCGCCCUGUGUGGUUACCUGAUUGAGGUUUAUCAGUCCUGGGCCUUGGUGUUCAGGCUCAUCGCAUUAGUAAAUUCCACGGGACUUGGGAUCUUCCUGUUAUUUGGAGAUGCUCAGCGUGUUGACGUAGACUGCUGAUGUCAGAACCUGAACCGAAACCAAAACCAGAGCCGGAGUCCAUUGUGUUUUGGAAACCUUGCUGUGAAAUCCUGUGUGAAAACCGCCAAUCCGUGUGAGUCACCUGGACGAAGGAAUCACAUUUGUGCUGCAGCGUGAAGCAGAGAGAAAACGGACAUGAGGAACACACCUGAAAACAGACUUGAAAUGAAGGAGCUUGAACGAUCCUGCAGGUGUGUUGUUACUGUCAAAUUGUGUUUACAGUAAGUCAGUCUGAAUUUAACGAAUUUACCACAGAUGUAUUUAAUGUUAGAUAUGUGGUUUGCCUAUUAAAGUGUUAUCUUCU